CGUUGGCAGCACCAGACACCAAUGAGCGUGCGCAGAGCGCGUAAAACAAAACUGAAAAAACAGUGAAGCCGAGAAGACAUCGCGCACAGAACGGUGUUUUUACAAUUACUACGAGAAAAUAAAUGUAGCCAUUGAUAUCACUGCGCAAUUUAGAGUGUUAAUCAAUGCAAAGAACGUGCGCCACUAUAGAGAGCUUAAUUCAAAUUAAGCCAAACUGCUGCUGCUGCUAUUGCAAACAUAAACAAAUACAAAAUCGCCGUGGAUAUCAAAGCUGUCAAAAUACCAACAAAAAGGAAAAUGAUAAAACGAGAAAUGCAGCGAUAUUAUGCAGAACGUGAGACAACUGGGCCCGAAUUCGAUGAUCGCCUUAUAAAAUUGGUUCGCGCCAAUCCUGCCAUUUACGAUGUGAGCCAUCCGCAUUACCGCCGAAAUCCCGUCAGAGUGGACAUAUGGGAUCGUAUAGCUAACGAACUUGGCGCUUCAUCACGAUUUCUGCAAACGAAAUGGAAGAACAUACGCUACAAUUAUCUACAAGAGAUUAAGGCUCUGGAAACAGGCCAGGUAAAUCCGAAUGUGCGCAAGCGACGCUUCACAGAGGAUCUAUCAUUUUUACAAAACACAGCACAAACGUACAAUGUGAGAAAGGCGCAGGCCUACAUAACCCAGACCAAUAAUAAUACAAGUAAUAAUAAUGGUGGUGGGAGCAGCGACAACGACAACGACAGCAACAGUUUUCUCUACCCAGAUCCGGAGCAUUUGCGAGUUGAUCUAACGGAGAACUAUGAUAUCAUUGAGCUGGACGAUGAUAACAGCGAAGAUGGCUCGACACAUGCGGGUGGUCACAGUGAUAACGAGAUUGUGCCUGAGCUCAUGGUCAUGGAGCCCAAGCCCGACGUCAACUUGCAGGAGUCGAUGUCUGUCAAUGGAAACGGCAGCACCGACAACCACAACGAUACGGAAGCCAACUCGCCGGCCUCCUCGCCGCUGCUCAUGCCCAUGGUGAUAAUGGGUAAUGUCGAUGAGGCGUCCCAACAAGACACUAAGUCCCAUGGUCAUAAUGAAGACAUCAAGCCGCAAUACCACAAUCAAAACGUUAAGACCGAACCCCAGUACAGGCAAAACAGCGCGUUGUCCAAUGGCGAGGUGACCAUAGAACCUAUAUAUAAGGCAGCACUCACGCGACGCAGUGCACCCGGCAAGGACAUUAUGGCUAAUGCGGCAAAGCGGAAAGCCAUGGCUGCUCCUGUACCCCGAUUAGCGCCAAUCAAUGAUCCCAUUGAGCUCUACUGCCUAUCACUGGUGGACACGCUACGCAGCAUGCCCAGAUCGGAGCGCGAGCGAGUCAAGUUCGAAUUUGCUAACAUUCUAAAGGACGCUAAGUACAAGGACGAGGCCUAAUCUUAAUUACAAAUCUGUUUCUCUGGGUAUUUACGCAUACGAACAAUUCUAAGUCACAUUAAAUGUAUAAUUUUUACAUAAUAUGCAAAUUAUAUA